CUUGUAAAUACUUAUUUCAGUUGAUCUUAACAGAAACGACUUACUUUGAAACUAAACCACACCCAUAGCUUGAAUGACGACAGUUAAGAGAGCAAAUAUUGGUGUGUUGUGCUGUCCCGGGGAGGAGUCUGGGGCCAUACUCUUCCCAGAAGGAAGAACCUGUGCAGCUUUGGGAAAAGGAAGCCAAAAUCCAGAGGCAAAGCUCACCCGCACAUAAGAGCAGCUGCGGUGGUGUCCCUGCCCACUCUGCGGUGGGGAGACAUGCUGCAAUGGCAACCUUCGAGGAGCAGACAGCGUGCGUUGUGAAAGCCUUGUUCUCUGACCUCCUAAGCGAAGAUGAGAGUGAGUGCCGGAGCCUGGAGACAGACUCGGGAGAGCCUAUGCAGUUGGCAGGAGACCCUCCAACCAGGUUUGACCCGGUCGUGGUCGCCAGUCGCCUGCGGCAGAUGGGGGACCAGUGCAACAUGGAUUUUGAAAGGGUUUCCUCAGAGGCUCUUGCUCAAGUGCUCAAGGGAAAGAUGGAGAAGUUUGGGGCUGCCGUGGACUCCCUCAGCAGGAGCUGGAGUGACCAGAACCCCGAGAUGGUCUAUGAGAGAGUUUUUCUCAGUGUAUCUGUGAAAUUGCUAAUGUAUGUUGCUAAGAAAGUUCCAGCUAUGGUGCAUCCCAACCAACUCAUAAAAGUGAUUAAUGGAAAUUUUCGAGUGAGAAACUACAUUGAGGCCUGCGGUGGAUGGGAGAACUUGGACAAUUGAGAGAAAGGGCUAUACUACUUUCCAGAAGGUGAAGCUGGUCUUGUCAUUGAUUUAAGUGGAGAAAUGCUGUUAUACUUCUUCUGGAGACUGCAAGCAGAGUUCUACACUUUUACAAUAUGUAAAAGAGAUUCUGUAUCACCACAAGCAAAAAUGAAUAAAUGUUUGUUGUUACUAA